GCGGUUGCUGAGAAAGGCGGAGCCGCCGCCCAAAACGACACGUCACCCCCACAGUUGUCGUCAUCAACCCCCUUCGCAAAGGAAUAUAAUAAGGACAACCUCGUCAUUUCCAUGCCGACCUGUCUAUAACCAAUUAGAUUUCUGCAAACUCAACCAAUCAGCACGCGAAGCAGGGGAUCCUCUCCCCCCUUCACUGACGGAAGCUUCCGGCAAAACGACGACGUACUCUGUCGAAAACUUUCCCUUGUUGGAAUAUCCAGUAUCCGAUCUUUCUCUCUCUCUGAAAUUUGCAGGGCUUUGCCAUCACAAUUCCCAGAGAGAGACACUUGUUCAACUCUGAUUGGCUCCUCACUCACACCUAUGGGGGUUUCAGAGAAUACGAUAGGUCUCAUACUAGCCAUGGCCUCCAGCGCCUUCAUCGGCUCCAGCUUCAUCCUGAAGAAGAAAGGCCUCAAGCGCGCCGCCGCCGCCGGAACCCGAGCAGGAGUUGGUGGUUAUACUUAUUUGUUAGAGCCACUAUGGUGGGCUGGCAUGAUCACCAUGAUUGUUGGAGAGGUUGCGAAUUUUGUUGCCUAUGUAUAUGCUCCGGCGGUUCUUGUGACUCCACUAGGUGCAUUGAGUAUAAUUGUCAGUGCUGUACUGGCGCACUUCUUGUUGAAGGAGAGGCUGCAGAAAAUGGGAGUUGUGGGAUGUGUUACGUGCAUUGUGGGAUCAGUGGUUAUUGUGAUCCAUGCACCUCAGGAGCAUACACUGAGUUCUGUAUUGGAAAUAUGGACUCUCGCAACUCAACCAGCCUUUCUAAUUUACGUUGCAGCUACACUUUCCCUAGUGUUGGCUUUGGUUCUGCAUUUUGAACCUCGCUAUGGGCUGACUAACAUACUGGUCUACUUGGGAAUUUGUUCUUUGAUGGGAUCACUUACUGUGGUAAGCAUAAAGGCCAUUGGAAUUGCAAUAAAGCUUACUGUUGAGGGAGUAAGUCAAAUAGCUUAUCCGCAGACUUGGUUUUUUCUGUCUGUUGCAGUAAUCUGCGUCAUUACACAGUUGAAUUACCUCAACAAGGCUUUGGAUACCUUCAGUGCGACUAUUGUUGCUCCAGUAUAUUAUGUGAUGUUCACAACUCUCACCAUUAUUGCUAGUGUAAUAAUGUUCAAGGAUUGGUCUGGUCAAACUGCGAGUAGCAUAGCCUCUGAAAUUUGUGGAUUCAUUACUGUACUAUCAGGAACUAUUAUACUCCAUGCCACCAGAGAUCAGGAACCACCACCUCCACAAGGUACUGUAACAUGGUACAUUAGGGGAGAUUCAAUGAAGGCUUCUGAAGAUGAAGAUUUGAUCGCCUUACACAAUUCAGAUUUUCUUGAACCAUAGUAUACCAAUUCACAAUUCUCUUGAAUGAAUUCCAAAGCAUUGAGGCUGCACAGUGACUUGAGUGAGUUGGCACUCUGCACAUUGCUCAUUAUAAGUCCAAUAUCAAGACACUGCUCCCCUCCCAUAGUUUUUGCCUCGGUCUUAGUCUAGGCUGGCUAGCCAUGGCAGGCCAGUUUAUAAUUUAUUUUUGGAAAAUAAGAAAUUUGAGACAAUGUCAGAAAGUAAAGAAAAUUAGCUGACAGGAUGUGGAGAGCAAUGUGUGGGUGCCAAUAGGGCCGCUCUCUUCAGAGUGUUUAUACAGUUUCUUGUUACUUCUAGGUAUCUCCUUGGGGUGGCUAUCAGAAUGCAGAGUAAUUUGUUGUGGCUUCUUCACAAGCCUGAUGAGACCUUCCGUCAGACGCUCGAGUUGAACUGUUCAGCUCAAGAAAAGGGAUUGCAGUGCUGUAUCACUAUACCAGUAGCACCGUGACAUUUGCCUUGUCCAACCUGUCUAUGACGGCUAUUGGUAUAUGUACAUAUUGAUGCUGGCAGUUUCCUGUUCAUGAUUCAUGUUGAUGCACAAGUGAUUUUACUCUCUUUUCCCUUUAUAGUAUUGAUUCUCUGAAUGUAUCACACUGGUUUAUAGUGCAUUUUUAGAAACAGAACAGUCAGAACUGAUAGGCCGCAUACUGGCCGAUUAGUCUGCAGCUUCAGAUUGGCAUUGUACAUCAUGUAUACAACUCUUACAAAAUCAAACCGGAGUGAAAGAGUUUUGGACUCGGUUACUUGUUCGUUAAUCAAAACUGAACUGAAAUCGUCUCCGACUUGGUUAUUAAUCAAGAAUCGUUUGAUGUUACAAAUUGCCUCAAUUACAUU